CAACUCUAUUCUAUCCGCGGGACCUGAGACGGACAUCAUACGGGCCUGAAAAUGGCAUAUCAGUAUGUUCUUCUUGUCUGGCUGGCUGAUGAUGUCGUCAGCACUGUUGGGCAUAACAUAUGCAAAUGGACGCAGAAAACGGGCGUAUAUGCACCAGAGAAGGUCAGGAGCAACCCCAGGGAGUCCUCACUUGCUCAAGGGACCCCAUGGAAGGGAUGUGGUUUAUGCAAAGCACUGCGGAAGGCUCUAGAAGACCCAGCCUGAGCAUGGUUGCAAACCGAGGAUGUGCUGCGUAAUCGAUAUUGUCAUAGUCGUGGCGGCAACAUCAUUGGGUAUCACCCGGCCAAUUUGCAGUAAACGUGACUCGACCUUCAGUAUGACUACAAUGGCUAUGAAACCCAUGUAUUC